AUGGCCGGAGGCAAGAACAGCACCGUUUGGAACCGAGUCGGACAGAUAGGCGAUCCUCAUGAAACCGUCAUCGUCGAGUUUAUGUGGAAUAAGUUUUUGUAUGGCUGCGGCAGCGGCCUCGGCGGCGGCACUUGUGCAACUUACAAGAGACAAAUCAGUCUGGUCGAUCAGUCGGUGCGUCGGCUGUGUGCACUGCUGCAAUCUGGGGCGAAUGCUGGUGAGAAGGCGGGCGAUCAGGACAGUGACAACGACAACGACAACGACGAUAGCCGAUGUGUAGUCAGUCAGUCAGGCAGUCGGUGA